AGCGCCAACGUUCUGUUUGUGAUGAGGCGGGAAAUGGCGCCCGAACAGUCGGCUCAUCCGUGACUCGUUAGCCGCUGAGCGACGGACGCAGCUGGCUGGCGGACGACCACGGCUCCACUACCAUCGGGUGGCCGCCACGGUCGCGGGCGACGUUGACAGCGCUUCGGCGGAGUUUUACCGAGCUUCCAUUUACCGUCGAUUUUUCUAUGUGACGUUGGAGCAUGAUGAAGCUGAGAGUGCGUAAAGCUCCUCAGCAGCUGAACAGAGGCCGUCGAACGCACCCGUCCCAGCCCAAACGGAAGCACGGUGAAGUGGAGCCGUCCCCGGUGAGAGGCCGAGGCAGAAUGCAGAAGAACGACACUGGCCUGUUCUCCACGAUAAAGAAAUUCAUCCGAGGAAAUGCUGUAAAGGCGGAGCAGGACAUUCCAGCCAAGAGAAGUCGCACUGAUUGUAACUCUGACAAUGAUCUGAUCACUUCAACACCACAGACCAGAGGUCUCUCUAACAAAACUGUCUCCAAAGUUUGCCGGAAAACUCAAAGUAAAGACACGGCGAGCUGCAACAAUAAACCUAUAAAGCCCAACGGUAAACUAGAGGCCCCUGUUGACUCUUCAAGUAGCCCUCCACGUACCACGCUACUGGGAACCAUCUUCUCUCCAGUCUUCAACUUUUUCUCACCAGCAACUAAAACUGCCACUCCAGGCUCAGAUUCUCCGGGCCAAGCAGUCGAGGCAGAGGAAAUCAUGAAGCAGCUGGACAUUGAGCAAGCAGAAGAAAUGCCAAGCAGCACUCUGACGUCCAGAGAAGGGAUCCCUCAGUGUCACACUGUCCCAAUGUUAUCGCAGAGGCUUCAGAUCACCUCUGACACAACCAUAGAAGGAGAGAUCGUAACUGAAACAGACAUACCCCCGUUAACAGCUCCUGGGUGUAUGCCAGACGGCAGCUAUCCACACUCACUACCCUCAGCACCAGCUGAAACCUCAUAUGAGGAGGACUGGGAAGUUUUCGACCCGUACUUCUUCAUCAAGCAUGUUCCUCCGCUGACAGAAGAACAGUUGACACGGAAACCAGCUUUACCACUAAAAACACGCAGCACGCCUGAGUUCUCUCUAGUCUUGGAUCUGGAUGAAACUCUGGUUCACUGCAGUUUGAACGAGUUAGAAGAUGCAGCGCUGACAUUCCCUGUCCUCUUUCAAGAUGUAAUAUACCAGGUGUACGUUCGACUGAGGCCCUUUUUUCGAGAGUUUCUUGAGCGCAUGUCUCAGUUCUACGAGAUCAUUCUCUUCACGGCCUCAAAGAAAGUCUAUGCUGAUAAGUUGCUCAACAUCCUGGAUCCAAAAAAACAGUUAGUAAGACAUAGACUAUUUCGAGAGCACUGUGUUUGUGUUCAAGGAAACUAUAUUAAAGACCUGAACAUUCUUGGGCGGGAUCUUUCAAAAACAGUAAUAAUCGACAACUCACCACAAGCCUUUGCUUAUCAGCUUUCCAAUGGAAUCCCGAUUGAGAGCUGGUUUGUGGAUAGAAACGACAACGAGCUUCUAAAGCUCGUUCCUUUCCUGGAGAAACUCGUGGAGCUGAACGAAGACGUCAGGCCACACAUCCGAGAACAGUUUCGUUUGCACGACCUCCUUCCUCCAGACUGA